CUUAAGGAAACAUUUGGUGGUGAAAUAUAGGGGAAAAUCGCGCGUGCACGCAGUCCGCUGCAUGUUUAUUAAACAACUUUGCAGGAAACAUAUCAAGUAAGAGAAAGGAGAACAUGGAGAAGGACAACCUUUCCCUGGUUUUGCACACUAAAGGAGAUCUGAGGCUGGAACAACGUCCCAUACCAGAACCUAGACCUGAUGAGGUUUUACUUCAGAUGCACUCGGUGGGGAUCUGCGGCUCCGAUGUGCACUACUGGCAGAACGGACGGAUCGGGGACUAUGUGGUUCAGAAGCCGAUGGUCCUGGGCCACGAAGCUUCAGGACGAGUGGUCAAAGUGGGAUCUUCAGUCACUCACCUGAAACCAGGUGACAGGGUGGCGAUCGAACCAGGAGUUCCCAGAGAAAUGGAUGAGUUUUUUAAAUCCGGCCGUUACAACCUGUCGCCCACCGUGUUCUUCUGCGCCACACCGCCGGACGACGGGAACCUCUGCAGAUACUACACGCAUAACGCCAACUUCUGCUACAAGCUUCCCGAUAAUGUGAGUUAUGAGGAAGGAGCUCUGGUUGAGCCGCUCUCAGUGGGGAUUCAUGCCUGCAGACGAGGCGGAGUGACCCUGGGCAGCACAGUGUUGAUCUGUGGAGCAGGACCGAUUGGCCUGGUCACUCUUUUGGUGGCGAAGUCCAUGGGAGCCUCUCAAGUGGUUAUAAGCGACCUUUCUGCUGAUCGACUGGCCAAAGCUAAAGAGUUGGGUGCUGACUUUGUUCUUCCCGUUAAGAAAGAGGAUACACCACAGGAAAUGGCCAAGCGUGUGGACGGCCUGCUGGGGGGCAUGCCUCACGUCACCAUCGAGUGUACAGGGGUCGAGAGCUGCAUCCAAACCGCAAUCUACGCUACGCGCUCUGGAGGUGUAGUUGUUUUGGUUGGACUCGGUGCUGACAUGGCCACCGUGCCUCUCAUUACCGCUGCUCUCAAAGAAGUGGACAUCCGAGGCGUGUUCCGCUACUGCAACACGUGGCCCGUGGCUAUUUCAAUGCUGGCCUCCAAGCGUGUGAACGUCAAGCCGCUGGUCACACACCGCUUCCCCCUGGAGCAAGCCGUGCAGGCGUUUGAGACGACCAGACAGGGCAUCGGGAUCAAAGUCAUGCUAAAAUGUGACCAAAAUGAUCAGAACCCAUAAAGAGCUUUACUCAGUGCUCUCACUAAUGAUCUCAACAAGCAGUUAGACAAUUUUAAUCCAUAAAAUAAACAUUCACGUAUUUUAUAAAUGUAUAAAACACACUUUAAAGGCUGUAAGAUUGUAAACAAAUACAUUUUUAUAAUCAAAUGUCUCAGUAACGUUCGGCUGCAUUUCAAUAAACAACUGCAAAAUCGA